UCAUUUUUUAUUCUCCUUCAAGUUUUCAACUGUAAAGUUGCUGUUUUGUUUCAAUUUCUUCAAUCUCUUCUCAAUUAUCAUCAUAUUCCCAAAUCAAUUCUUGAUCGAGUAAUAAAACGUUGAGGCGAUUUGUAAACAUGGGUUGUUAAUUUCAGCGUUAAAAAGUCUUCCAAAUUUUGAAACCCCAGCUCGGCCCAACCCCCUUUUUGUUUUUGUUUCCGCUCAUCUUCAACAACUCUCUUCUUUUCACCCGCUCCCGCUAACUAAACUCUCUACAAAAUCAUGGCGAAACAAAACCCCAGGGAAGGGGUGGACAGAGCGACCCAUUUCUCGCCUUAGAAUUCGUUUUCUUGAGAUUUCUUGAGAUUUCUUGUGGGUUUGUCGAAAAAAGAUUGUGGGUUUUGUGGGGAUUUAGGUACUGAAUAAUGGGUAAUAGCCUAAUGUGCAAGUCAAAGAAGGACGUGAAAGAGAAUGGAUCUAGAAGUAAGAGAAUAGGUCGGUCUCAAAGGAAGUUGCAGAGUGAAGAAGAGUAUUUGCAGAAGCAAGCUCUUUCGUUGGCUCUUCAUCAGCUCCAAUUAUCUCAGAGGUUCGAUGGAUCCACUUCGAAGAGAAUUGGGUCGACUAGCUCUCGUAGACGCAAUCUCUCCGAUCCAUUCUCUAAUGGAAAGCAGAGUCAGAGCAAGAGAGAUUCAAAGUUGUGUGGAGCAGCAGAUGUGAGUUCAAGUGAAGCAAAUCCGCAGGCAGCAGAUUUUCUGGAAAAUGUGAAGGAAAAGAAAUUUGUUUUAGUUCAUGGUGAAGGGUUUGGAGCUUGGUGCUGGUACAAAACCAUUUCUCUACUAGAGGAAUCUGGAUUGUCGCCCGUAGCGAUUGAUCUCAAAGGUUCCGGUAUCGAUCUAACCGAUACAAAUGGGGUGAAUACUCUAGCAGAGUAUUCAAAGCCAUUGACUGAUUAUCUUCAAGAUCUUCCUAAUGAUGAAAAGGUUGUUCUAGUUGGGCACAGUAGUGGAGGUGCUUGUCUUUCGUAUGCAUCGGAACAUUUCUCGAAUAAAAUAGCGAAAGCAGUUUACGUGUGUGCAACGAUGGUGGCUGAUGGACAGAGACCUUUUGAUGUAUUCAUGGAAGAGAUUGGAUCAAAAGAGAUUUUUAUGAAAGACUCUAAGAAUUUGAUGUAUGGGAAGGGAAAAGACAAACCUCCUACAGGAUUCAUGUUUGAGAAAGAACAAAUGAAGGGGUUAUACUUUAAUCAAUCUCCUACAAAGGAUGUUGCUUUGGCUAUGGUUUCCAUGAGACCUUUCCCACUGGGUCCAGUCAUGGAGAAGCUCUCACUGUCGCCCCAAAACUAUGGAAGCGGGCGUCGAUUCUUCGUUCAAACGCUCGAUGAUCGUGCACUCUCACCUGAUGUUCAAGAAAAGCUGGUGAGGGAAAACCCACCAGAAAGAGUUUUCAAGAUCAAAGGCAGUGAUCAUUGUCCAUUUUUCUCUAAGCCACAGUCACUGCACAAGAUCCUCCUGGAAAUCGCUCAAAUACCAUAAAAACUAGCCUCUCUCUUACUCAAAUCUGUCUAACAGAAAGAACAAAAAGAUUUUUUUUCUCUUUUUCCUUUUGAAGUUACUUAUUUAUAGCAGAACCAAGCAAAUUGUGGAUGGGAAUCAGUCAUGUUCUGGUGUUAGAAGUUCUAGUGAUAUAUAAAGAACCAUAAUUUUUCUUGUAAA